CCGCUUGCUGCUGCUGCUGCUGCCGCCGCUGAUAAUGGUGUGCCGGUCAAAUUGAUUGGACUUCAAAAUGACCAUAAUGCCCCUGUACCGGUGCUUAAGAAAAUAGUGAUCGAUCGCGCAAAUUACUGGUGUAUUACAGGCAGCUUAAAGGAGAUUGCACAGAGAGUGGGGUCUCCAUUGCCUCAGUACACAACUUUCAGGUCCGGGUUAGGGCACCUGCCUGUAUUCACCGGAACUGUAGAGCUGGCUGGAAUCAUAUUCACCGGAGAGCCUCCUGCAAAGAACAAGGAUCAAGCUGAGAAGUAUGCUGCACUGGCAGCUUGGCUGUCGCUUAAACAAUUAGCACAGCAAGAAGUGAGCUCGCCGUCUCAGAGCGAAUGCAACGAUGAGCAGGAACAGAUACGGAUUGCAAGGGCGUUGCACAAGUAUCGUUUGAAAGAGAAGUUAUUGAUGCCCAACCUACACAAUGCCUCCAUACCAUUCCAAAGGAAGUUCAUAGCGCCAAGAUAUAAAAUCCUCCCCUUCUUCUGCCAGAAAGCCGCUUCACGUACUAGACCACCGUUAAACAACACCACCUUACCCCAACUUCAGCCAUCACCUGAGAUUAGGACAACGCCACACGUUUUUCAGAGGUUUCAUGCUGUCGGGGCAGCUCCUUACAGACAGUGUAGGUCGCCCUGCCAAGGCAUUGCUCCACCUGUAACGAUGCGAACUGCGGUGCCGGUAUUCUCAUCACCAACCGCUCAUCUCCAGCCUGCACAACUGGCUCCGCCUGUAUGCAUCAGGCAGGUUUCCACAACCUGUUCAUCGCCAUUAAAGAAGGCGCCUGCAGCAGAGGCCAAGGUCAUUGGAGCAUGCAACGUAGAUGAGUCCACAGCCGUCAGGUGUCUGAAGGAGCUCGAGAUAUGAUCAUGGCACACAAAGAUACUCAUACGGAGAUAUCCGAUUCCUCUUCUGAUCUGUAAGAGGUAAUUUUCUUAUCUAAUCUGUAUUCAAGAUAUUACUAUAUACUGUUGUUGCUGGCAGCAAUAUGUUGAUUGAAGUGGUGGGCAUUUAGCUUGUUGAAGUUUAAGAACUACUACUAUAAUAUCUAUAUCUAUAUCUAUAUCUAUCUACUCCUUAGAAAGCCUGUUUUUGUAGGAUAUACUAUAUAUUAGUACUCCAUAUGAUUAAUAUCAAGAAUGUUUUCUUUAGCUAUA